GUUACCCCUCCACUGAUAAUCCUUACAUAAUGUCUGCACCCACAAAGGUCACCUUCCCGUCUUUUACGCUGCAAAUCAGCGGCGAGCUUUAUGCUCCUGCUGCUGGCUCCCCUGAUCGCGGCGGCGCUGCGGUCGUGAUUAGCCAUCCCAUGACCGGUGUUAAAGAACAAACCGCUGCAGACCAUGCCCGAUUGCUCUCUCAAUCUGGGUUCUAUGCCCUCGCAUUCGACGCAGGCUAUCAGGGGGAAAGCACCGGCCAGCCACGCGGGCUGGAAGAUCCCCAUCAGAGAGUCGAAGACAACAAGGCUGCUGUAACCUAUCUGAGCACCCUGAAGGGCAAGGUCAAUCCCAGUCGGAUUGGUGUACUUGGGAUUUGCGCCUCGGGUGGUUAUACAUCGUAUGCCGCGCAGUCGGACAGCCGUAUCAAGGCACUUGCUACUGUGAGUGCCGCUUGCGUUGGCCGUAUGACCCGCAAUGGGGGGCUACACAGGGAAAACAACAAGGAAGUACCUCAGGCCAUUGCUGGUGCACUGCAUGCGGCCGGCCAGUGGCGUAUAAACACAGCUAUCAAUUCCCAUAUCGAACCCCCACCAAUGUUCAGCAGUGAUAUAUCCCAGAUUCCGCAGGAUGCCGACUCGUUCUUCAAAGAUGCCGCCUCCUACUAUGGUUCGCAGCGUGGAAACCACCCGCGCUCAGACCAAAAGGUUCCACCAUCUAGCUACGACCUCAUGGUCAGCUAUGACUCAUUCCAUUUUCAACACCUGAUAUCCCCACGGCCCUUGUUGAUGAUCGCCGGAUCCCAGGCCCAGACUCUCCAUUACAGUGAAGACGCUGUUGCGGCGGCCUAUGAGCCCAAGGAGCUCUUCAUCGUCCAAGGAAAGAACCAUUUCGAUCUUUAUGACGACCUCGCGGUCUCUGGCCCGAAGCUUGUUGAAUUUUUCGGGAAAAAUCUCUAA